AUGGAGACCGAAACGCUCAAUGCCUUGAAGCCUGCACACCUGAAACUGACAGUGUGGACCUGUUCUUACAGUGGUUUGACAGCAUAUGUGCCCAAUUCUGGGAGAAACUCUAAGCACGUGCGGCGAAUACCUUGCCUGAUGGUCCAAGCACCCAAGACCGGGGCUGCAUCUCCAUGGCCUACCCUGAGGGCAACUCCAGCAGUAAGGUGGAGGAACCGGAGACCAAAGCCGAUGAAAAAAUUACAUCCCGGCCGUGCCGACGCGCCCCAGCGGCGAUCUACAAGGGGCUAUUCAUCUGGGAGUGCAGCCCGCCGACAGAGAGUGUCAGCCCAGAGCAGCGAGCAGGAACAGAGGCUCAGUGAUGGGGUACGGCAGGGAGAUACACACUGAAGAGGCAACGUGAAGUCGCAGUCGUCACCCUCCUCAGCCCUGCAGAUGCUGCACAUCGGGGCUGCUGAAGCUCCAUCUACAGACAUCGACUGAAUAAACCUAAGCACAGACCAACUACUCUACUAACAUACUGUUGCCUCC